AGGAAUUUGCGGAAGAUGGAAUCGCGGAGCGCCUCUCCUGUUUCUCCUUCCCCCGGGCUGGAGGGAGACUUGAGCUUUUGCACGUCUGCAGGAAAGAGAUCCCCAGUGUCCUUUGAGGAGGUAGCCGUGUCCUUCACGGAGGAGGAAUGGGCUCUACUGGAUCGAAGUGAAAGAAAACUCUUCUGGGAUGUGAUGGAGGAAAAUUAUGAGACCCUGGCCUCUCUCUGGGACUACAUUUCCCAGAAGGACUUGCGAGCACCAGAGACGUCAACCCUGUAUUCUCUUGCUGUUGAAAGAGUGCUUUUACCUCGAGGUGGAGAAGGAACUGUAUGGGAUAUGAAGUUCCACAGGGCCUCUCUUCUUUCUCAUUUCCCCCCACUGGAGGAAGAAUUUGGCUUUUGCAUGUCUGCAGGAAAGAGAUCCCCAGUGUCCUUUGAGGAGGUAGCCGCGUCCUUCACGGAGGAGGAAUGGGCUCUACUGGAUCAAAACCAAAGAAAACUCUUCUGGGAUGUGAUGGAGGAAAAUUAUGAGACCCUGGCCUCUCUCUGGGACUACAUUUCCCAGAAGGACUUGCGAGCACCGGAGAUGUCAACCCUGUAUUCUCUAGCUGUUGAAAGAGUGUUUUUACCUCGAGGUGGAGAAGGAACUGUAUGGGAUAUGAAGUUCCACAGAGCCUCUCUUCUUUCUCAUUUCCCCCCACUGGAGGAAGAAUUUGGCUUUUGCACGUCUGCAGGAAAGAGAUCACCAGUGUCGUUUGAGGAGGUAGCCAUGUCCUUCACCAAAGAGGAAUGGGCUCUACUGGAUCGAAGCCAAAGAAAAGUCUUCUGGGAAAUGAUGGAGGAAAAUUAUAAGACCGUGGCCUCUCUGUGGGACUACAUUUCCCAGAAGGACUUGCAAGCAUCAUGGAGGUCAACCCUGCCUUUUCUAGGUGUCCACGGGGCAGUAUUUCUUCGAGAUGGAGACAGAAAUGUAUGGAAUAUAGAAUUCCACAGGGCCUCUCUUCUUUCGUGUUUCUGCCAGCUGGUGGAAGAAUUUGGCUUUUGCAUGCCUGCAGGAAAGAGAUCCCCAGUGUCCUUUAAGGAGGUAGUCGUGUCCUUCACGGAGGAGGAAUGGGCCCUGCUGGAUCCAAGCCAAAGAAGACUCUUCUGGGAAGUGAUGGAGGAAAAUUACAAGACUGUGGCCUCUCUAGUGGGAGAUGCGAGGGAGAUGGUGAGUGAGAAGGAAUCGAGAAGGAGAGUUGUGGAAAAAGGCAUCACUCAGCAGAUGGAUGCAAGAUCUAGGGGUGGAGUGGUAAAACAGAAGCAAAGAAAGGAACUGGUUUCCUGUCAGAGUAGAAAUAAGUGUGACGUCUCAGCCCAAGAUGAAACAGGAAAGAGAAAUGCAAGGCAUAAUGAUGCUGUGAAUCAAAAAGGGUUCAGCCACAAAUUCCAUGAUGAUGUUAAAAUAUAUCAGAAAGUUACAACAUGCUGGAAAAAGUGUAAAUGUAUGGAAUGUGGAAAGGGCUUUUCUCAGAAUAGCACUCUAACUGCACAUCAAAAAGUUCAUAGAGGUGAGAAACCAUAUAAAUGCUUGGAUUGUGAAAAGUGCUUUUCUCGGAAUGACCACCUAACUGUACAUCAAAAAAUUCAUACAGGGAAGAAACCAUAUAAAUGCUUGGAGUGUGGAAAGUGCUUUUCUCUGAAUGGCAGCCUAACUGCACAUCAAAAGAUUUGUACAGGGGAGAAACCAUAUAAAUGCUUGGAGUGUGGAAAGUGCUUUUCUCUGAAUGGCUACCUAACUGCACAUGAAAAGAUUCACAGAGGGGAGAAGCCCUACAGAUGCUUUGAGUGUGGAAAGUGUUUCUCUCAGAAUUGCAACCUAACUACACAUCAAAAGAUUCAUUCAAGAGAGAGGCCAUAUAAAUGCUUGGAGUGCAGAAAAUGUUUCUCCCGGAAUGGUGAACUAACUAGACAUCAAAAGAUUCACAGAGGGGAAAAACCAUAUAAAUGCUUGGAUUGUGGAAAGUGCUUUUCUCGGAAUGACCACCUAACUGUACAUCAAAAGAUUCAUAUGGGGGAGAAACCAUAUAAAUGCUUGGAGUGUGGAAAGUGCUUUUCUCUGAAUGGCAGCCUAACUGCACAUCAAAAGAUUCAUACAGGGGAGAAACCAUAUAAAUGCUUGGAGUGUGGAAUGUGCUUUUCACGAAAUGGCUACCUAAGUGCACAUGAAAAGAUUCACAGAGCGGAGAAGCCCUACAAAUGCUUUGAGUGUGAAAAGUGCUUCUCUCAGAAUUGCAGCCUAAUUACACAUCAAAAGAUUCAUUCAAGCGUGAAACCAUAUAAAUGCUUGGAGUGCAGAAAGUGUUUCUCCUGGAAUGGUGAACUAACUAGACAUCAAAAGAUUCACACCAGGGAGAAACCAUACAAAUGCUUGGUGUGCGGAAAGUGCUUCUCUCAGAAUGGUCAGCUAACUGCCCAUCAAAAAAUUCACACAGGGGAGAAACUGUAUAGAUGCUUGGAGUGUGGAAAGUGUUUCUCUCAGAAUGGCAACCUAACUACACAUAAAAAGAUCCACACAGGGGGAAAGCCUUAUAAAUGCUUGGAGUGUGGAAAGUGCUUCUUUCAGAAUGGCAACCUUAUUUCCCAUCAAAAGAUUCACACAGGGGAAAAACCAUAUAAAUGCUUGGAAUGCGGAAAGUGCUUCUCUCAGAAUUGCAAUCUAACUACACAUCAAAAGAUUCAUACACAGGAGAAACCAUAUAAAUGCUUGGAGUGUGGAAAGUGCUUCUCUCGGAAUGGUGAACUAAGUAGACAUCAAAAGAUUCAUACAGGGGAGAAACCGUAUAAAUGCUUGGAAUGUGGAAAGUGUUUCUCUCAGAAUGGCAACCUAACUACACAUAAAAAGAUUCAUACAGGGGAGAAGCCUUAUAAAUGCUUGGAGUGCGGAAAGUGCUUCUUUAAGAAUGGCAACCUCAUUUCCCAUCAAAAGAUUCACACAGGGGAAAAACCAUACAAAUGCUUGGAAUGUGGAAAGUGCUUCUCUCGGAAUACUCACCUAACUUCACAUCAAAAGAGUCAUAGAAGGAAGAAACUAGAUAAACACUUGGAGUGUGGAAAUUUCACAAGGGAGAUACCAUAUGAAUAG